UCUCAGAACUUUCCAAAUGGAGAAAACGCAAAUUAAAAGGUGACAACAUAAGUAUUUGAAGAAAAAUAUGUUACGGCAGGAAAUGUAUCCAUUGACUUGAAUUUCUUGUUGGCCAAGUUGUAUGAUGAUACUGAAUUAUAUAUAGAACAUGUGGUGGAGAUAUACUCAUAACUUUCUUUAACUUUGCGACGCCUUUACGUAGUAGGAUAGAAGAUUUAUUGAGUAUUGUGAUUUGUGAGACAUGGCAAUGUCAAAAGUAGGAAGAAUGAAGUUGGGAUCUCAGGGAAUGGAAGUGUCCUCACAAGGACUUGGUUGCAUGAGUAUGUCUGCUUUCUAUGGUCCUCCUAAGCCUGAACCUGACAUGAUUGCUCUCAUCCAUCAUGCCAUUCAAUCUGGUGUCACUUUUCUUGAUACUUCUGAUUUCUAUGGACCUCAUACCAAUGAACUCCUUCUUGGAAAGGCUUUGAAGGGAGAGGUGAGAGAGAAAGUUGAAUUGGCUACGAAAUUUGGAGCCAGAGCUAGGGAAGGGAAAUUUGAGAUCUGUGGUGAUCCAGCUUAUGUGAGAGAAGCUUGUGAAGGUAGCUUGAAGAGACUUGAUAUUGAUUCUAUUGAUCUCUAUUAUCAGCAUCGGAUUGAUACUCGUCUUCCAAUUGAAGUCACGAUGGGAGAGCUUAAAAAACUAGUUGAAGAGGGGAAGAUAAAAUACAUUGGUUUGUCUGAGGCCUCAGCUGCAACAAUCAGAAGAGCACACGCAGUUCAUCCAAUAACAGCUGUGCAGUUGGAGUGGUCACUAUGGUCAAGAGAUGUUGAGGAAGAAAUAAUUCCGACUUGCAGGGAACUUGGUAUUGGAAUUGUUGCAUAUAGUCCGCUUGGGCGAGGAUUCUUUUCAUCAGGAACUAAGAUUGCUGAGAACUUUACAAAGGAAGACUAUCGACAGUAUAUGCCUAGAUUUCAACCUGAAAACAUGCAACAGAAUCAAACUAUAUUUGAGAAGGUUAAUGAACUAGCUACAAAGAAGAGGUGCACUCCAUCGCAACUUGCAUUAGCAUGGCUUCAUCACCAAGGAAACGACGUGUGCCCGAUACCCGGAACAACCAAAAUUGAGAACUUUAAUGAAAACAUCGGUGCUUUGUCUGUCAAACUAACACCAGAAGAAUUGACAGAAAUAGAGUCAUUAGCUGAUAUUGUGAAAGGUGAUAGAUCCGGAAAGGAACCUACAUGGAAGGAAUCUGAUACUCCACCACUUUCUUCUUGGAAAACUGCGAAUUGAAGUGGCUUGAUUGUAGUUGCAGUUAUGCUGCAGAAUUUUAUGCUAUGUUAAUCGUUGUUGCGAGCCGCUAUUUAGAACCAUGCAUGUUUUUAUUGUUGAAUAAAUUUUAAUGUUAGAAUUAAUAGGUUUUAUUAAUAAGUUAAAUGGAGAGAUUUGGAAGGUCAAGAGACAGUAGACAAGUUAAUAGUAUUUACAAUUAUGUUUCCUAGAAUAUCAAAAGUUUCUGAAUAUGUAUAAAGACCAAAAUUGUACUCAAUAAAAAUACAGACGUUGCAAUUGA